CUCCGACGUCGAAGUGUGCUCUCAGAGGUCAGAGCCCUCGUUGGCGGAGCAACGGGGGUCAUGACGGCCCAAAGCGGACCAGAUUAGUCUUACCUUCCGUUGUGACCGUCACAUAGAUCUCUUUCUCAUCGAAGGCGUCAUUCAACAUGGCCGCCGACGAGGAUAUUGCCAAGCUGAUGGCAAAGGGCGCCUCCAUCGAGACGGCCGUCGCUGCUCUCGAGGCGACGGGCUCUUAUCACGAUGCUGCCGAAGCCAUCGCCGCGGGCAUCUUUGGCCCUGUUGCAGUCCCUCCCAGGACCUCGAAGAGGAAUUGCAGGGACGACGACAAUGAAGACGAAGACGAUCACGAGUCGGAGGGCGGUAGCGUGGGCGGCGUCAGCGACGCAAUCAUCAUAUCAGACGAUGAAGAUGGAGACAACGGCGGCGACAGGGCCACAGGCAUGGCCGAUCAAGACCCAUACAGCAGCAUCAACAUGAAGAAGAACCGCAAGGAGAAGGUCAUCGAGUCCAUCAUGCCGGCAAAGACGCUCACCAUCCAGGCCAAAGAGACUCCGGAACAGAAGAGAUUGACACCCAUCGAGUGCCAGGAGCUGACCGCCAACGACUGGCAGCGGGGAGUGGGACACGGUAGCGAGCAGAAUUUCCUCUUCGACGUCUACAAGCACCUCGUCUACGACGACGUCACCUGCCCCAAGCCAUCGUGUCGCAAGGCUUAUCCUCGCUCCGGCAAGGAGUUUCUGAUCCUCUUUCCCACCUUGGCCUCAUUCCUCGACCACGUCCAGCGCAACCUGCCCAAACAAUGCACCAAGUGCCGUACUACCUUUUGCCUCGCCUGCGGCGGUGACUGGAGCGAGCAUGUAAAAGCGGCCAAAGAGGCAGCAACAAAGACGCAAACGACGAGCCGCUCUCAUCAAGCUUCAGCGACGAACGGUGACUGCGCAGACAAGGCUUCGGCUACACCCAACGCCUCUUGGACGCUGCUUCACUGCCCACUGUCAUCCUCUAUGGUCCUCGGCGUUGGUCUCGCUCACGUCGAGCGUCUCUUGAAUCCUGACGAGCCGACCAGCAAGGAAUCGCGCGAGGAUGGAGACGCCCGUAAACGGCGUAAGGUCGGGGACGGACACUCUACAUCGGCUACGCCCAGCUCUGCCACCACGGCUGUCACCGGCGCUGCAUCAGCCGCCAACCCUUUUGGAUACUACGACGAUUACUAUUCACCUCCUCAGCCCGGAUCCAAGGCUGCAGCUGCAGGUACCGGCUACGGCGGCGGCGGUCGAGGAGGAGCAGAAGACGAUUACUCGUGGCAGAAUGCCGCGCAGCAGCAACAGCUGCAACGCGAUGAAUCCAUCCGAACUUGUCUCCUCCAGCUGCGAGCAUAUCUACCCGACGAAAGGCGCGAGUGGGUACACUUUGACGGCAAGGACUUCUUGACGGGGCCAGUCUGCCUCGACCACCUUCCUGACCUCUCCAACCUCGCCCACCUCCGUCGCCGCUUCCUGCCCAUCGCGAGCACCCUCCUGUCCACGCGAUCGAUCAUGGACGUCACGGAGCGCCUACCUCUCUUCGAAGAGCUCAUGACUUGGAUGCGUAUGCUGAGCCGCCACAUCGCCACAGCUCCCCUCGUAGCUCAGCCUAUUAUGCGGCUACAGCGCACCGAGAUUCACGGCAAAGAGCAACACAACAUCUACGAAGGGUCCCCUGGGCCUCGUGAGCUCGCUCAGGCUGUCUACGACCAAGCUCAAGUACUCGUCAAGAACAUCACCAAGUCGGAUCCACCCGAGCCCAACAACCCGUCAAGCAACACGAGGGGCGCAACAAGUCCAGUAAAGAAGACGUCUGCUGUCGACGAGAGGACGGAGGAAGCAAGACGAACGCUCGCCCUAUGCUGCUCCAUCAUCGCAGAUGUGGAUGCCAUCGAUCGCUCUCUUAUCGAGAUCAAGGGCAAAGGCUUCCUGGCACGCUUUCUCAGCGAGAUCAGGGGUGGAGCAGUGGAGCUGCGCGACGACGAUUGGGACGAGGAUGCCAACAAAGUCGAGCGCCAGCUGAGCGAAGAUGAGAUGAAGGACAAAUAUCAGACGUGGGCAAGGCGGCUCAUCUACCAAGAAGCGGACAUGAUCAGCAAGGUCACGGGCACAUCAGGCUCCAAAAGCACGACAUGGGCUCACACAUACGCUCAGGAGAUCGAAUUGACGCGCGACCUUGCCGACUCAAAGCGCAAUCUCAUCAUCGCAAAGGAGCUGGCCGGACUGGGCCCCUCCCUGCCUGCGGACUGGCAUUGCGCCAUCUUCGUCCGCGUAGCUGAAGCUCGCCUCGACGUCCUUCGCGCCUGCCUGAGCGGCCCUCCCUCCUCACCAUACGCCAACGGCCUCUUCAACUUCGAUGUUUUUCUUCCGCGCGAAUACAAUCAGCAACCUCCCAAGGUUACGAUCUUGACAACAGACGGCGGCGCGGUCCGCUUCGGUCCCAACCUCUAUGCGCAAGGCAAGGUCUGCCUGUCGCUCCUGGGCACUUGGCCCGGUCCUGGCUGGAGCCCGGGCCGCUCUACCCUAUUGCAGGUGCUGCUGUCCCUCUCUUCACUCGUCAUGGCUGAGGAGGAGCCUGCGGUCAAUGAGCCCGGCUGGGAGAAUUGGCGCGGUACAGAUCGGUCGAUGCACUACACGAAGAAUUUGCGACGACAGACUGUCAGGCAUGCCAUGCUGCGAACGCUGCAGAACCCGCCUGAGCCCUGGGAGGAGGUCGUCAAGGGGCACUUCAGACAGAAGCGCGGCGUCAUUGUUAAGCAGCUCGACGACUGGUUGAAGGAGGACGACGGUUACCCGUGAGUGGGGCGACGAGCAGGACAGAGCCAAAAGGGGGCUUCGAGCACUAACCUUCUCUUCUCUCCCGCCGCUUUUUGCAGCACGGUCGGCGA